AUGCACCAACACUACGGAGAUAUCGUGCGCGUUGCCCCUGAUGAGCUCGCCUUCUCUCAUCCAGAUGCCUGGUUGGAAAUCAUGGGUCACAAGAAGACCGGGGAGGAGAUGGAUAAAGCGGACUGGUUUUACCGAAUGUCCGAACAAGGUGCACUAUGCAUUGCUAACGAAAGGCGCGAGCAGCACAGCCGGCUGCGGCGACAACUAGCACCUAGAUUCUCAGAGAAGUGUAUGCGAGACCAGGAGCCGAUGAUCCGGGGUUAUAUAGAUCUCCUGCUGCAAAGGCUGCGGGAGAAUAGCCGAGACGGUCAGCCAGUGGUCAUCUCGGACUGGUACAACUAUACUACGUUUGAUAUCAUCGGUGACCUAGCCUUUGGAGAACCCUUUGGAUGCUUGAGAUGGGGUGAUUAUGAUGGGUGGGUCAAGGGGAUUUUUGCAUGCGUACGGAUAGGAGCGGUCUUGCAAACUCUCGCCUUCAUUCCAUGGCUGAAAAAAUUGGCCCUGGCUAUGGUCCCAAAGGCAAUGCAGGAAGACCGUAAGAGAGAAAUGCAGCAGACAGAGGCCAAAAUGCGGCGGCGCAUGGCGGCCACGGAUGAGCGGGUGGAUCUGAUAGAAGGAUUGCUCAAGAAGAGAGAAGAAUUAAAUCUGCGUAUCGAUGAGCUCAUCGCCAACGCUGAGAUCCUUAUCCUUGCGGGCUCGGAAACAACAGCAUCCCUCCUCAGCGGAGUCACCUACCUCCUGCUCCAAAAUCCGUCCGCCUAUCAGCAAUUGGUCAAUGAGGUUCGCUCGACCUUCAGUAGUGAGGAAGAAAUCAACUUUAUCAGUGUCAACCAACUCACAUACAUGCUGGCUUGCCUGGACGAAGCGUUGCGCAUGUAUCCGCCGGUAGCCAAUGGUCUUCCGCGCGUUGUUCCCAAGGGAGGAUCCCAAAUUCUAGGGCAAUAUAUUCCGGAACAGACAUAUGUGGCAAUUCACCAGUGGGCACUCUACCAUCGCGAGAAAUACUUUGCAGAGCCCAAUGCUUUUCACCCUGAGCGCUUCCUCGGUGACCCAAGAUUUGAUAGCGAUCGACGAGAUGCGCUUCAGCCCUUCCAUAUUGGCCCACGAAACUGUCUUGGACGGAACCUUGCAUAUGCUGAAAUGCGUCUAAUCCUCGCCCUUAUCGUUUUCAACUUUGAUAUGGAGAUUGACCAGGACAGUCAUGGCUGGAUCAAACAGAGGAAUUUUGUCGUCUGGGAGAAGCCUCCUCUGAAAGUCUACCUGAGCCCGGUGGCGAGGGAGUCUUAA